AUGCGCAAAGAUCAGCCGGUGCUGCAGGAACAGCCGGAUGCGCCUUAUACCGUGGCACGCUAUGAAGAUGUCAUGACCAUUCUGCGAGACAACGAAACAUUUUCGUCAGAUGUCUCCCUGCGUUCAGAAGAAGAAAAGAAAAUCAGACCUUCGAUGUUGUUCAGUGACCCACCGGUUCACAAUCGUCUGAGAAAACUGGUCAGUUAUGCUUUUAAGCCCCGUUUUGUCGAAAGUCAGCGCCCCCUGAUUGAGGCGCGCAGCGAAGAGCUGGUGAUCGACAUGACCCGGCAGCGUGAACUGGAUCUGGUUGAAGCAUUGGCUGCGCCGUUGCCAGUGACAGUCAUCGCACACAUGCUGGGUGUGGUUGAUGGAGAUUUGAAGCAGUUUAAAUACUGGUCUGACAAAAUUUUCAGCAAUAUCGGUGAGAUUCUAUUUGCACAGCCAGAUGCCGAAGUACAGAAAGCGCAGCUGGAAAUGGACACUUACUUUCUUGAGCGGAUAGCUGAACUGCGCAAGCAGCCUGAAGAUAACCUGCUGGGCCGCCUCGUCGAAACAGAAACUGAAGAUGGCAAGCUGACGGAUAAUGAAGUGCUGAGUUUCUGUGGUUUGCUGCUGAUAGCGGGUAAUGAAACAACGACGGGAUUGAUUACAGGCAGCGUAAGGGUGUUUAACGAAAUGCCUGAAACGUUUGAGCAACUCAAAGCUAACCCGGAUCUGAUCCCCACUUUUGUGGAAGAGACGCUCAGAUUUUACUCCCCAUUUUCGGCCACCAUUCGACGCACCACAAAGCAGACAACGUUGUCUGGCAUAAGUAUUCCCAAGGGUGCGCUGGUUCUGCCGCUGAUCGCGUCUGCAAACAGAGAUGAAUCGGUGUUCGAGAAUGCUGACCAGUUUGUGAUUGAUCGACAGCCGAACCCGCACAUUGCACUUGGCGAAGAGGCGGCUCCAGGUCAGCUCGGUGGACCGAGUAAGCUGGCGCGAAACUUUGCCGUUGCUGGUCUUGCAGCUUUGUUGCUCCUCUCUGGUCAUGCUCACGCUGACUGCAGUAAAACGCCUGGGAUCAGCCGCUUUUAUCAAAGCGGCUGGGGUAUCGACUUCAAAAGCCAGCGAUUUGCGAAAGAUACCGUCAUAAAUGGCGGUAAUGCGGCCAAUCUGAAAUUGAAGUGGGCCUAUGGAUUCGGCACGCAAUCUCCACGCGUUUUUCCACUUGUUACUGAAGAUACGAUAUUUAUUGGCGAUGCUAAUGUCGGGCUGGUGGCGUUAGAGCGCGAAAGUGGUUGUACCCGUUGGGUGAACCCCGACAUCAGCGAUCCUUCUACAGCUAUCAGUCACGGUGUGGUUGAUGGCAGAACAGUGCUUGUCAUCGCGGGUCGUCAAUCAGGUAUUUUUGCUGUUGAUGCAGCAAGCGGUGCAACCAUCUGGGAGCGCCAGGUGACUGAUGACAACCCCGUGCCUGUUUAUUCCGGCAGUCCCUUAGUGUUUGAGGAUCAGGUGUUUGUGCCUUUGUCAUCCAUGGAGAUUGGAUUGUCAGCUAACCCAUUUUACGGCUGCUGUACAACCAGUGGCGCGGUAGCUGCGCUCGAUCUGCGUACCGGUAAAACCAACUGGUACAGGCGCACUAUUCCUGAUGCCCCGCAGGUGACGGGCAGACAUUAUUUUUUUGUAGAAGAGCAUGGACCGAGCGGCGCGCCUGUCUGGGGUGCGCCGACGCUGGACGUCGAACGUCGCCUGUUAUAUUUCGGCACGGGACAGAAUUACAGUCAUCCGACAACAGCAACAUCUGACGCCAUCUUUGCAGUUGAUAUAGAUUCCGGGGCGCCUCGUUGGAUAGCGCAGUUUACUGAAAACGAUGCUUUCAACAUGGCCUGUACAGCGGGCGGUGUGAAUUGUCCUGAUCCCAUGGGGCCUGAUGUUGAUUUUGGCGCGCCACCCAUUCUUGUGACGUUACCCAAUGGUCAGGACGCAGUGCUGGCCGGACAGAAAUCCGGCGAUAUAUGGGCCAUUAAUCCUGAUGAUGGCACGACAAUCUGGCAUACACGUAUAGGUCGCGGAGGCGCGUUGGGGGGCAUCCACUGGGGGAUGGCGGUUGAUCAGCGCAAUGCAUCUCUUUUUGUACCGAUCAGUGACUUGCCAGCACUUCCCGGGACAGGUGAGGCAGAGCCAGGCAUGUUUGCGUUGGAUAUCGCCACCGGUCAGAAACGUUGGUCUGCACCGCGCGUGCAGCGAUGUGAGGGGCGCCAGUGUUGGAGCGGUCUAUCUUCAGGGAUUACCGUUGCAGACGGUGUCAUUGUGUCUGGUGGGCUAGAUGGUUUGUUAGAGAUCUAUGAUUCUAUUAACGGUGCGCUUAUCUGGUCUUUUGAUACCCAGGUCGAAUUUGAAGCUGUUAACGGAUUGCCCACGAAAGGGGGGGCAAUAGAUGCCCACGGACCAGUACUGGCAGACAACCUGUUAAUCGCAAUCUCUGGUUAUGGUUCCUUUGGUCAGAAACCGGGUAAUGCGUUACUCGUGUUCGAAGUGCCGGCGGAGUCGUCACCGUGA